UUUCUUAUGAAGUAUGAGCUACAGUUUUAAUGAAAAGGCAUUUUUGUCUCAUCAUUCCUACCAGCUAUCUGUCAAAUAACAAGUUGAAGAUUCUACCACACCAACUUUUUAGUAGCCUUUCCAAGCUGAUACAUCUGGAUUUGUCAAACAACGAACUUGGAAAUCUGCCACCGCACAUCUUCAGAAACAUUACAGCGGUAGAAUUUCUGAAAUUAGACUACAAUAAAAUUGAGAGGCUUCAUGAAGAUCAGUUCCAGGGCUUGGUAAAGUUGUUCGAAUUAUAUCUCUCGGAGAACAAACUCGAGACUUUGCCUGACAAAAUUUUUAAAGGCGUCGAAAACCUCAAAGCUCUGUGA